ACUUUCUUGCGGAGCACUACCCCUUUUUGCUGGCAGUUAGUAACCCCCAUCUCGGAAGCACACACAAUCUAUUCGAAUAAUGACUUCCCCAGUACCACCAACUCAUCAAGAAGCUGGCCUCAAAAUUGCCGCCGUCGAGGUGCCAAGCAAUGAACAAUUGGAGAGGAGAACUCGUGAUGGAAAAUGGACACUUCGUCAACUCCGUCAGACUGAUGCAAUGGUGCCACUUCAAUCCGGAACUAACCAGUUUGACAGUCAACGAGGAAAAACUGGGUUUGGAAUGCCACGUAACACACAAACCAAAGUCGAUUUUGCCGAUCAUGACAAGCAAUGGCUAAUUGAGGAACAGAAGCAAUAUUCCGAUGCGAUUGUUCGACUUCAGUCAGGAACGAAUCAAUUUGAAUCUCAAAAGGGAAAAACCGGCUUCGGAAUGCCACGAAACACGCAGACAAAAGUUGAAUUCGCGGAGCACGGAGCCCGAUGGGCUGUAGCUGACAACGCGGCUCACGACUCAAUUGUCCGUCUUCAAUCCGGAACGAAUCAAUAUGAAAGUCAAAAGGGAAUGACCGGUUUCGGAACACCACGUGACGUCAAGGGAAAGCAUUUGAAGAGAAUUUGGGAGCUCGAGUUCCCGGAGGAAGCCGCCGAUUUUCAACAGCAACCAGUGAAUGCUCAACCACAAAAUUAAAUUGUUUUAUUCAUAAAAUUUCCCUUUUCUGCUUUUAAACAAUUGUUUUCUCCGUUUUUUGUAGAUUUUGCCACGCCCUGUCUCUAGUUCACUUUACUUGCAAUAUUCCAUCAACCAGAAGGCAAGACCCUCCAAAAUGUACUCACAUCACUCGAUAUACAACUUCUUCUUGUUUCUUACGAGUAAAUAUUUUUGCAAAAUAA